AUCCUUUUCAGCAAGAUGUCGACUACAGAUGGUCAUGGGGAUUCGUUGACGAUUAUGAAACGACAACAAAAGCAAGAAGCCACGAGCCAUUCGUAAGCCCUAGUCCAGAACCAGACCCGGAACCCACAGAACCAGAAGUUUGUCAACCAUACAAUCCACCCACUCCGGACUUCAGUGCGCCUGGGAAAAGAAUCAGCCAAGCGAAAUGCGAGGAAUAUAUUUGGCACAUGAAAUCUAGAGAUGAGACACAGAAGAGGAAUAACCUGUGCACACAGUACCUGCUAAGCCGACCGAAUAAAACGCCCAUCCUCGCGGCUAUCGGCGGCCAUAUUACCUUACCAGGGGAAUAUCCGCACAUGGGGGCAGUGGGUUGGAAAGCGGCUGGUGGAGGAACAUGGAUAUUCAAAUGUGGCAGCUCUCUUAUCAGUCACAAGUUCCUGCUGACCGCGGCACACUGCUCCCGUGCAUCCGGCAGAGACCCUUCGGUUGAAGACCCGGUACCUAAAAUAGUUCGUCUUGGCGACAAAAACAUAGCUGACGUGUUCUCCAACCAGCAACUCCCCACUGACAAGACCAUCCUAAAAAUAACAAAGUACCCAGAAUACGCCGCACCGAAGAAGUACAAUGACAUAGCGAUCAUCGAGCUGGUGGAUGGUAUCACGGAUUUUACUGAGCUGAUUCAGCCUGCUUGUCUUUGGGGCAGCUUUGACACUAGCAGUCUUGGUUAUAAAGCUAACCUCACUGGAUGGGGGGUAGUUGAGACGACUGGUCUCCAAUCCUCCCCUGAGCUGCAGGCAGCAGAAGUGGAUAUCAUCGAGUCUGGCGUCUGCGACCAACUUUUGAGGCCGUUCUGCAGCAGAUUAUGGUGCGGUUUGCAGGAUGGACAGAUUUGUGCUGGCAAGCUCGCUGGUGGAGUCGACGCGUGCCAGGGUGACUCCGGCGGCCCUCUCCAAGUGCGGAUCCCCGGUCUAAAUAUCCCCGGACAAGGCACGCUGCACUACGUGAUCGGCGUGACUUCGUUCGGCAUCGGCUGCGCCCGCUCCAAUAAGCCCGGGAUCUAUGCCAGGGUGUCGCAGUACAUUGACUGGAUUGAGGAGAUUGUGUGGAGAUAAAAUACUGCAAAAAUUGCA